UGCAAGCGGCUGUUAUUUUUGGCAAAACAAUGAACAAACUACCAAAGCACUCACAUAUUCUGGAAGAGUAUUUUACAAAUGUGGAUUACAGCAAGUGGGAGCGAAGCAAUAGAACAAAAGUCUUAAAAUCAACUCAGCCACAACCAGUCCUCUGGGCUUCUGCUCUUCCUGAUCGCCAAGCAACCAAAUCAUUCCACAGACCAAUCUCAGAGCGGCACAGUGAAACUCCAACUCCCACUAACCUCCAGCUUCAUCUAAAACAAGCCCAGUCUGGAAGAUCUGGGAGAGCCCAAGAAAACAGCAUUCAGGAGUCACCUACAGUUUCGUCUAGAUUCUCCAGAAGGAUAAAAAUCAAGACAUGGCAGGGCAAGUCAGCCUGUAUGAAUGAUAAGGUGAAAAUACUGAAGCUGCUUGUUAAGGGGCAGAGCAGGGCUGUCGAGGAGUUGGAAAAGCACUGCAAACUGCUUCAGGAAAUGAACCAGCAGCUGGCCAGGGACAUUGAAGACACAGACAGGCACAGUGUGUCCAGUGCAAGGGAGCUCCUCAACCAACACGCAAAACUAGGGCGUUCAGUACCCGCCUACAACAGAUGGAGCACCAGGCAGAUCAGACAGGCCAAAGAUGACCUGAGGGAUGUCGUUCAGGAGGCAAAGGAUCAACUCUCUGGUCUGCAGGUGAAACUGCAGGCAGUGAUGGCAGAAGUGCAGAAUGCACAGGUAGAGUUUCAAACCCUAAAGACAUACAAAGACCAGGGGUAUCCGCUCAAAGCCCUACAGAUCGCUGACCUGAAGAGGGAGCUUUAUAAACUGCAGAUGGCUCAAGAGGAAGAACAUGAUGAUUUGAGUGCACUGUGUCAGACAGAGAUGGCCAAUCUGGAGAAGCAGUUGCACCAAAAACAAGAGGAAGUGCUCUCUAGCAUUGCCAAAAAGACUAUGUCUUAUGCACCGCCACUGGUAAAACAUAUGGCUUUGCAGAACCACACCAUGAAGGAAGAAAUCAAACUGCAGAAACAGGAAAUAAUGAAAUUGGAGAAUGAGAACAGUGCCCUCCUGAGGAAUAUUCGGGCCCUGCGUCUGUUGAGGGCCAGCAGCAUCCGAGAGGCUUUCCAGAACUUUUUCCCAAAGUCAGACCGGUGUGCUCCAGAUACAGAUGUCCACCUCAGGAUAAAAAGAGAUGUCUGCCUGCCUAUAUAAUUGUACAGCAAAUGGGCACCCUGACUUAACCUCACACAGAUUUAGUAGUACAGUUCAGUUUCAGCAUUACUGCACUCACACACUUGUAGUGAAGGUUAUUUUCAUUAAAUUUGCCUUAGUAAUAUCUGAGUAAUAACUAAUUAUGUCUGGAGUUGACUUUCUCAUAAGCUUUCCCAAAGCUGUCAGAAAAUGUAAUAAAUUUACAUUUUAUGAAAUGCUGUAUGUAAUUUCAUAGUAUUACAGUUAGACAAUAGGGGUUUUAAACUUCAGGACAUUAAACAUUAAAAACAUUUUAAAAUGUUUUUAAUUACCUUGACUGUUAAAUGAAUGUAGUGAACAGAUCCAAUCUAUAGCACAUA